AUGCUUUUAGUAUUUGUAGUUAACUGGAAGCAAGCAAUUGGACAACAGUUUUUACCUGAUAUGAAAGACGUCAGUGUAUUAGAAGGAGAGUCAGUGACAGUCAAAUGCUUCCUUGAAGGUGAUUUAUCCGAGGGUAUUAGUAUUUCUUGGUGGAAAAGUGAUCGUCAGAUUAGUGCCGAAAACGGCAUAGUUAUCAAAGAUCCAAGACUAACAGCAAAUUUGGCAGAAAUUCCAGAUACUAAUAAAAUAAUGUAUUUGUUAGUUAUAACCUCAUCAGUACGGCAAGAUGAAGGUGAUUAUUAUUGCAAGAUAUCGCAUCCUUAUGAAAAACAGUCGGAGUUCGCUCACGUGACUAUUCUACAAAAGCCUUCCAGUGAAUACCCUCAAUGUUUAAAAUCAAGAAAAAGUUAUAUUGAUGGCUCGGAUGUAAAACUGACAUGUAUUUCAGAGGUAGUUUUACCUCCUGUGGAAUUACGAUGGUCACGUAGGCCUACUUUACUAACGGUACCACCAAUGCAUGUAAGUAAAGAAAUGCGUGACAAUAUUGUUUAUAAACAUCUUCAGUUCACUGCAAGAAAGGAGGACAAUGAACAAACGUUCGUCUGUGAACAGCAUACAGAAGUUAUGUCGGACACUUUAAAUUGUACAAUUAGCGACCUUAAUAUACAAUAUAAUCCUGAAGUGAAAAUACGACACACUAAUGCAAUAUAUGCGGGAUCAAAUUCUAUAUUGUUUUGUCAAUCAGUUGCUAAUCCUCCUGUAGCGACAUUUAGAUGGACAUUUCAACCAAUGUUAGAACCAUUUGAAUAUGAGACUGAAGGGCAAGUAUUGCGACUUCUUAAACUAGCAGUCACUAGAAAUGGAACACAUGUCACGUGCACAGCCACAAACCAUGUAGGUACCGGUGUUGAUUCGACACGACUGUAUAUUUUAAAUGAUGAUAUUGUGAACGGUGACGUAAAAGGGUUUGAAAACAAUGGAAAGCAAAUAACAAAAGAUAAUCACUCGCAAGACUCAGAUAGAAAUAAAAUUGCAAAUAUUAAAGAAGAAAAUAACCAGACA